AGUAUUAGUUUAUUUGAAUGCGUUCUGUUUCAUAAUUCCAGCAUUCCCCUUCCCAGUAUUUCAUAUCGCCUGUGUGGCCAGAUUUUCGCAUUUCUAUCAGCUGUUCGCGCUACCGCCAUUUGAAUUUAAUGAAAUGCGGCGCAGUCUGGCUCCUAGCCAACGUGGACCACUGCGUCCCGAGUCGCGCCACUCCUUCACGCCGCCACUGCUAAAGAAGAACAAGCGAUCCUGCCAGCAGGAACUGGAGCGAGAGCAAGAACUGGACAGGAGACGACUGGGCGCCCUCCGAGAUGCCAGCAACACAUCAGAGCUCCCACUGCCUAUUCGCUUCACGGCGAACAGCGAGUAUGAGCUGGCCAUUGCCAAGGUCCUGGCACGGAAGUUCAAGGUGCCCAUGGACAAUUAUGUACCCGAUUACGGAGGUAAACGGGUCCUGGGCGUGCGGCGCUGCAUUUCCCGGCGACCCCUACACGAUCCGAUGGCCUGCAAUGCCCUGGUACUUUUCCAUCCACCCGCCUACACAGAACAUGAGCGCAUGGGCAUGGAUCCGACCAAGGUUCUGGUGCACGUCGUCGUCGAUCCGCUGCUGAGCAACAUAUUGCGGCCGCACCAGCGCGAGGGAGUGCGCUUCAUGUACGAGUGUGUGGAGGGAAAGCGGGGCAACUUCAAUGGAUGCAUCAUGGCCGACGAAAUGGGUCUCGGAAAGACGCUGCAGUGCGUUACGCUGGUCUGGACACUUCUAAGGCAGGGUCCCGAGUGCAAGCCGACGAUCAACAAAGCCAUUGUCGUGUCUCCAUCGUCGCUGGUCAAGAACUGGGAGAAGGAGUUCACCAAGUGGCUUCAGGGUCGACUCCUUUGCCUACCCAUGGAGGGCGGGACCAAGGAGAACACCAUCCGAGCACUCGAGCAGUUCUCCAUGACUUCUGCCCGGCUGGGGACACCUGUUCUGCUCAUCAGCUACGAGACAUUUCGCAUCUAUGCGGAGAUCCUGUGCAAGUACGAGGUGGGAAUGGUGAUAUGCGACGAGGGCCAUCGUCUCAAGAACAGCGACAAUCUCACGUAUCAGGCUCUCAUGGGUCUGAAGACAAAGCGACGGGUCCUGCUUUCCGGCACUCCCAUCCAGAACGAUCUUACUGAGUAUUACAGCCUGGUGAACUUUGUAAACCCGGAGAUGCUGGGCACGGCGGCCGUGUUUAAGCGCAACUUCGAGAGCGCUAUUUUGCGGGGCCAGAAUACCGACUCCACGGAAGCGGAGCGACAACGGGCCAUAGAGAAGACACAGGAGCUGAUAGGUCUGGUCGAUCAGUGCAUCAUUCGUCGCACCAAUCAGAUUCUAACCAAAUAUCUGCCGGUUAAGUUUGAAAUGGUUAUCUGUGCGAAACUAACGGCGAUUCAGCUCGAGCUCUACACGAAUUUCUUGAAGUCUGAUCAAGUUCGACGUAGUUUGGCGGAUUGCAAUGAAAAGGCUUCGCUUACGGCGCUGGCGGACAUUACAACGCUUAAGAAGAUUUGCAGUCAUCCGGAUCUUAUAUAUGAGAAGCUCACUGCGCGGGAAAAGGGAUUCGAAAACUCCCAGAAUGUACUGCCUAGUAAUUACAAGCCAAAGGAUCUCAAUCCAGAGCUAAGCGGCAAGUUCAUGCUCCUAGAUUUCAUGCUGGCAGCAAUACGAGCAGAGGGCAACGACAAGGUGGUUCUCAUUUCCAAUUACACACAGACCCUGGACUUGUUCGAGCAGCUCGCGAGGAAGCGAAAGUACGGAUUUGUCCGGCUCGAUGGCACCAUGUCAAUCAAGAAGCGAUCCAAGGUUGUUGACCGAUUCAAUGACCCGGAGUCGGACAGCUUCCUUUUCAUGCUGAGCAGCAAGGCAGGCGGCUGCGGCUUGAACUUGAUUGGAGCCAACCGCCUGUUUAUGUUCGACCCGGAUUGGAAUCCGGCCAACGAUGAGCAGGCAAUGGCCAGAGUGUGGCGUGACGGGCAAAAGAAGCCCUGUUACAUAUAUCGCCUUGUUGCCAGUGGUUCCAUCGAGGAGAAGAUCCUGCAGCGACAGACGCACAAAAAAUCCCUGUCGAGCACCAUCAUUGACAACAACGAGUCGGCCGAGAAGCAUUUCACCCGCGACGAUCUGAAGGACUUGUUUACAUUCGAUGCGGACAUUCUGUCCGACACACACGACAAGCUCAAGUGCAAGCGCUGCGUCCAAAAUGUCCAAAUGAAGCCACCGCCCGAGGACACGGACUGCACCUCGCAUUUGUCGCAAUGGUACCAUUGCUCCAACAACAGAGGCCUGCCAGACAAUAUUCUCGCCCAGGCCUGGAUGGAUUGCAAGUGCGUGUCCUUUGUCUUCCACCACCGAUCGCAGGCUAAGGAAAUUGUGCCGAGUGCUGAGGAGGAAGCAACAGAUCAGCCAGAGGAAAAACCAGAACGCCGCAAACGGUCAUCCACGCCCCCCAGUGAUGACAGUGCCGAUGAGGACUUCCGUGGAUUCUAGCAAUUGUUUGCAGUUUAUUGUUUCUCGAAUUUCCUUUUUCUUCGCACUUAAGUCUAGACUUAAGAUAACUUUUCUGGCUUCCUUUGCAAUCUUAACAAGUUAUUCGUUUAACAUUUCAAAAAUGGAACCAGCACAAAAUGUUAACGUGCUAGGGGUGAAGGCUUCUAUGAACUAAUCUGGCAAUGUAGGAAUCAGUCCAGAAAAUAGUUUACUUUUUGUGAAAUACUGAUCAAUUUCUAUACUCUCAACUGGCCGCCAAUUGGGCAAAGUAGUAGGUUAACACAGCUUAGGACAAAUACAAACAAACAUCGAAAUUCGGA